ACUGAAAAGCCGCUCAACAGCCAUUUCACAUCCUCUCCCAAUUUGCUGGCCACUCAAUGCCAUUUCCCUCUCUCUAGAUCUUCUUCAUCUUUCUUGGGCUUCGGCGGAAAUAUAUUUUAAAGGGGAAAUCAUCGGAAUUCCCAAACAGCAACGGAAGAGAGAGAGAGAGAGAAAAAACAGAGGCACAGAGAUUUGAAAAAAGCAGAGAGAAAAAAAACAGAGGGCCGUAAGGCGGAGAGGGGAGAGAGAGAGAGAGAGGGAGACAGGGAGAAUUGAUUCGCUCUAGAGAAGUAACGGCAAGAAAACAGAGACGGGUUUGCGAGGUGGGAGGAAGAAGAGGACGGGAGAAGGAGAAGGAGAAGGAGGAGGAGGAGGAGGAGCAGGGGAUUCUCCAUUUUUUGUCUCUCCUUCAGAUCUGACAUGUCCAUUUAGCCCUGCGCUUCCCUCGCCCGCCUUGGUCUUUUGGGUUCUCUCGUUUUGCCCUUCGUUCGCAUUCGCCGAGCUUGGUUGAGAUCGAGGUAGAAUGUGUACGAUUGGGACCAUCGCUUCAUUUAUCAGUAUUGGUUUUGUCAAAUUUUCCUGAAUAGUAAUGGCGAUGGCUUUCUGACCUGUCUUGCAGAGGAACAAUGUCUCCUUGUGAUACCUUGUGUUGAGGAUUUGCUUCAUUGGCCCCCAUAAAUUAUUGUGCUCUCGUGACAGACCAUCCAGUUGGAGCGCUGCUGUAUAGUGUCAUCAUGGUUGCCACGGCUGCAACUUCUGCUUUCUUCGCAGUUCCUUCGCCAGAUUCCAUUGCCAAGACCACCAGACCAGGGAAUGGGGUGGCAAGUGUGGGGCCAAUGAAGUCGAAAUCUGCUUCUGUUGGUUUGCAGAUGAAGGCCAACGCACAAGCCCUUCCUAAGAUAAAUGGUAGCUCUGUUGGUUUGACAACAUUUCCCGACAUUAAGAAGACUGAGGAUGGGACAUCAUCACCUCCCCCAAGGACCUUUAUUAACCAGUUGCCUGACUGGAGCAUGCUUCUCGCCGCUAUCACAACCAUCUUCUUGGCAGCAGAAAAGCAAUGGAUGAUGCUUGAUUGGAAACCAAGACGACCGGAUAUGCUAAUGGAUCCAUUUGGCCUAGGGAGAAUUGUUCAAGAUGGUCUUGUGUUCAGGCAGAACUUUUCGAUCAGAUCUUAUGAGAUAGGUGCUGAUAGGACGGCAUCUAUAGAGACACUAAUGAAUCACUUACAGGAGACUGCUCUUAACCAUGUUAAGACUGCCGGACUUCUUGUCGAUGGCUUUGGUUCUACCCCGGAGAUGAGUAAAAGAAACCUGAUCUGGGUUGUCACUAAAAUGCAGAUUUUGGUAGAUCGAUAUCCCAGCUGGGGAGAUGUCGUUCAAGUGGAUACAUGGGUUUGUGGGUCUGGAAAAAAUGGAAUGCGGCGAGAUUGGCAUGUCCGUGAUCUGAACGGAGAGACUCUUACAAGAGCCUCCAGUGUGUGGGUGAUGAUGAAUAAACAUACAAGGAGAUUAUCAAAAUUACCAGAAGAAGUUCGGGGAGAAAUAGAACCUUUUUUUCUGAACUCUCCUCCUGUGGUAGCUGAGGACGAUAGGAAGUUACCGAAGCUGGAUGAGUGCACUGCAGAUUUCGUCCGAUCGGGUUUAACUCCCAGGUGGCAUGAUUUAGAUGUCAACCAGCAUGUCAACAAUGUGAAGUACAUUGGCUGGAUUCUUGAGAGUGCUCCACUGCCCAUUUUGGAGACUCAUGAGCUCUCUGCCAUAACCUUGGAGUACCGGAGGGAAUGCGGGAGAGACAGCGUGCUGCAGUCCCUGACUGCUCUUUCUGGCAAUGGCGUCGUCGAUGACCUUGAAAACUCUGCUGAAGUCGAGUGCCAGCACUUGCUCCGGCUCGAAAGUGGGGGUGAAAUUGUGAGGGCCAGGACCGAGUGGAGGCCGAAACCUGCCAAUAACCGAGGAGUGGCGGGCGAAGUUUCCGCAGAAAGUGCUUGAUGUCUCUGGUUCGCUGCCUGUCUUGCCCGUGUAGAAAAUCUUGCUCGUGCUCAUGCCCGCGGUUUCAGAUCUAUUUCUUUCUUCUUUUUAUAUAUAUAAUGUCCCCGAUUUGCCCUCUGGAGGGAAGAAAAGAUUGAACAAUACUGUAAUCCUCCCUGUAAUUAGCUUUUGCUCGGCCUCCAUAUGUUUAUUCUACUCUCAACCUUCACGCAAGCUC